AUGGGGAUCGCCUUAACCCUGCGACAAGUAUGCGAGGCGCUACCGGGCCCCGUGCGAGCCUGGCUAAAGACUUUAGCACCAACUACGAAAAUUCGCUUUGCAAACUGGAACAUUGGCACGCUUACGGGACGUUCCACAGAACUUGCGGCCAUACUUGCCAGGCGUAAAGUGGCAGUGGCGUUCCUGCAGGAGACACGGUGGAAGGCCAACAGGAGCCAGAAUAUUGGGCACGGCUACAAGCUGAUCUAUACAGGCUCUUCUGAUGGGGAGAACGGUGUGGCAGUGGUGCUCGCCGAGCAUUUCCACCAUAGCGUCUUGGAAGUUAGACGCAUAUGCGACCAACUUAUGGUAGUAAGGUUGCUAGGUCGUUGCUUAGUAAGUGCCUACGCCCCACAGGUCAGCUGCAGCGACGCGGAUAAGACGCUGUUUUGA